AUUUAAAAAGAGACCUCGGAUCUCGCGUUCGAAACCAAAUAAGUAAUUUGGAUGGCAACACUAAAAGAUAAUUAACAUUUAUCGCAAUGUGUGAACUAAGUUGAGCCAGUGCACAGAUCGCGAGAUCCUAACAUUAUAGCGGAGGAGUAUAAACCCUAUAUAUAAAUCCUAGAGAAAGUCUGAGAGUGUAGAGAAUUCAGAAUGCGACGCCCGAAGAUAUCGCUGAAAAAGUAUUUCUAUUUUACUUUGAUAUGCGCGCUAUUAUUGAUCUUUGGCUUCAAUCUCAAAGAGUACGAGAUAUGGAAGACGAAAAUAGCGCGACCUAUUUUGACGCCUUCCCAUCAGCAACAGCAACAGCAGCAACAACAGCAGCAGCAACAGCAACGCGAUUUUGCCGGCGAUACGAAUGAAUUAAAAAGCGGUGAGCAGGAAGAAACCACGGCGGCGGCUUAUGAAUCAGCUCCGCCAGCUUCACCUGUUGCCCAAGCCGAUGCAGAGCCACAGCUGGAGGUGGAGGAGGAGUCGGUGCCGGGCGAGAAGCGCUCAGAGCCGGCGGCCACAGCCAAACCUUGGUUCUUCCGCAAUGGUGAAUACUAUCCGAAGCCGGCGAAAACAUUCAGCAAUCGCAAGGCACGGAAGUUGCAUGCCCCACGACUGUUUCCCCAUCAGGAUCCGCACAGCGAUCGUGUUGUGAAUCAGCUGAUGUAUGUGCCACACAACUACGAACAGAUCAAGGCGAGUGGCAAACUGAAAACCAUUCUGCUCUACAAUGGCCUCGGGCCGUGGAAUGUCAAAAAGGGACGCGAGGUCUUUUUGCGCUCCAAGUGUCCAGUGGACACCUGCGAGCUGACUGCCAAUCGGGAUCUGGCCAGUGUGGCGGACAUGAUACUCUACAAGGAUAAUUACAUACCCACGGGCAUUCGUCGUCCUAGUAAUCACAAGCAGGUCAGCAUGAUGUACUACCUGGAGUGUCCAUAUCACACACAAAACGUCAAAGUGCCCGACGCCAUCAACUGGACGGCAACGUACAGACGUGACAGCACGGUUAUGGCUCCGUACGAGAAAUGGCAGUACUAUGACACAAAGGUGCAGCAACUGGAGCAGGAUCAUAACUAUGCCCUCAACAAGACGAAGAAGGUCGCCUGGUUUGUCUCCAAUUGCGGAGCACGCAAUGGACGAUUGCAGUAUGCACACGAACUGCAGAAGCACAUUGAGGUGGAUAUUUAUGGCGCUUGUGGCAACUACAAAUGUCCCAGAAGCACAGCGGACAGAUGCUUCGAUAUACUGGACAACGACUACAAGUUCUAUCUGGCAUUUGAGAAUUCCAACUGCAAGGAUUACAUAACCGAAAAGUUCUUUGUGAACGCCCUCAAUCGCAAAGUGCUGCCCAUAGUGAUGGGUGCUCGUCCAGAGGAUUACGAGGUGAGUGCACCACGACGAUCCUACAUCCACAUCGAUGAGUUUGCCUCGCCCAAAGAGUUGGCCGAGUAUCUGCACAUACUCGACAAGGACGACGAACUGUACAACUCCUACUUCAAAUGGAAGGGCACCGGUGAGUUCAUAAACACAUAUUACUGGUGUCGAGUCUGCUCGACGCUGCACAACGAGGAGCAGCUUCGCAAGCCGUCCUGGUAUCACGAUGUCAACGAUUGGUGGCGUGGCAUCGGUGUCUGCACAUCGGGAUCGUGGCGCAAUUUGAGGGCGCGUAAGGAUGUGAUUAGCGACGAUUGAGUUGGGGUUGCUCCACACGUUCAGAUAGUGGACGGCGCUGGUGUCAUAACAUAAUCAAAAAACCAAAAAGAACGUAAGAAAAACCAAAACCAAAAAAAUCAAUACGACUAUGUGUGGCUCUAGUAUAUUGUUGUUGUUUUUUGUAGGUAAUGUUUGUACUAUUUAUGUGUAAUGUGUAAAGAGAAUUCGCUUCGUUUUAUCGAAGUUAACGUCAAUGUUUUCUAGCUAGAACUAAGUGCAAACAGUCGCUUCUAAUAAGUAUUUCAAAAUCGGGGCAAAUCAAUAAUCAAACGAGCAUGGCGCACAACACCUCGGUCAGAAAGAAAUCGGGGAUAAUAAUGUCUAUGCAAAGUUCCUUUUCAAGGAAAGUUCGCAUCACAAAUGAAGAAAGAGAGGAAGGGAGGGAGAAAAGCGCAUAGAAACUAGCCUAUAGACUAAAGAUCCCAAGAAGAUCAUUGUAACAUAUACAAUACCAAAUAUAUAAGAGAACCUAGCCUAGUUAUUCAAAUACAAAUUAUAUAUUUAGUUGUUUAAAAACGCAAGUCCAAUUUAGCGCAUAGGCAACACACAGAAACAUACAUUAACACUCAUUCAUACGAAAACAGGAUACACACAGACACACAGAAGUAAAUGUCAAUGUUCAGUAGCAUUAUGGAAUAGCUUAUAUAGUAGAGCUAUAUACUUAUAUAUAUACAUACCUAUAUACCGUAUAAUUAUAAAUCGUUUUGUAAGCAUUUUUGUAAGCAAACCAAGCGAAAAGUGGAGCAAACACAGUUCUUCGUCUGCUUCGGUUUUUUGUCCUUAUGUUGCAGAUCUGCAUCAGCUUUGCUUUUAGUUGAAUCAAUAUUAAUUACAAGUACUAUAUACAUACUAUAUGUACUAACUGUAGC